ACAUAUGGUUUUUGUACUUUUAGAUUAAGUUUGGGUCAGGGUUAGGAUUAGGUUAGUGGUUGUGGCUCUGCUUAAAUCUCUAGAGAAUAAUGUUGGUCAUUGCAGUCUCCCAUUAAGUUGCACAAACAUGUAUACAUGUAUGUUCAGUGCCAGCAGUCACGUCGUUUGUUCCCUAAGAAACAUCAAGCAUGAGUCCAACUGUCGGCAUCAUCUCAGGUUUACUCCUAAUGUCAGUGUCUCUGUGUUGCAGUAAACUGCCUUGUAAAAAAGGUCACAGUGGUCCGACCUAUGAGUCCAUGCAAGCUGUGUUUGACCUGCAACCCUUCAGGCCAGCAGUGAACCUCAGCAAUCCGACCAUCACCAACAUCUCCUUCACCCUGUAUGCUGUUCUGGGAGUGAAUGAGAAGACCCAGAUACUCACUACUUUCCUGUGGCUUAGACUGUACUGGCAUCACGAGUUCCUGAUUUGGGAUCCUGACAACUGUGACGGUGUCACCAAGAUUUCUCUACCUGUGAAGAAACUCUGGUCACCUGACAUUAUUGUAUAUGAGUUUGUGGACGAUGAUGUCUCCCAGGCUUGUCCUUAUGUCUACGUCAACCACACGGGUCACAUCCGCUGGGACAGGAUGCUGCGGCUCGUCUCAGCUUGCAACUUGGAGAUCUUCAGUUUUCCUUUUGAUGUACAGAACUGCACAUUCACAUUUGGGUCCUACAUGCACACCAUCAAGGAUGUAAGGGUCAGUCCAGCACUGACCUUUGCCGAGAUGUCAGCAAACUCAAAGCGUUACCUGGAGGCCAGUGGAGAGUGGGAGCUGGUGGACAUCCUGGGAGAGACAUCCAUUCUCCAGUUUGGAAUUGACGAGUGGGACAUCAUCACCUUCUGGGUGGUCAUCAAGCGGCGUCCAGUUCUCUAUGUGGUAAACCUGCUCAUCCCCAGCUCCUUCCUCAUGCUCAUCGACAUCCUGUCCUUCUACCUGCCGCCCCACAGCGUCGACCGCGCCUCCUUCAAGAUGACCCUCAUCCUGGGAUACACCGUGUUCCUGCUCAUCAUGAAUGACCUGCUGCCCAGCACAGCAAACGGCACGCCCAUCAUAGGUAUCUAUUUCUCAGUGUGUCUGGCUCUCAUGGUCAUCAGUCUACUGGAGACGGUCAUCAUUACCAGUGUCCUCCACCACAGCUCCCUGAAAUAUCAAGAGGUCCCAAACUGGGUGAGGAUAGUCGUCCUCAAACAUAUAGCCACCCUCAUCUGCUACCGCUGGCCGGAGGACACCCAGCCUCCGUCCGCACCAAAGACAGACACACCUGAGAGUUCAAACGACAGCCCGGGCCUAUGGAUCGUCCAACCAGCCGAGCAGAGUUCUCCCCAGCACACGACCAAUAAUGAAGACACAGCGCCACUGACUGAACUGCAACAGAUCUGUCAAUACCUGGGUGACCUCCGUGCUCACCUCAUCUCGCUGCAGAAGGAGAACGAGCUGCAGAACCAGUGGUGUCAUGUAGGGUAUGUCCUGGACUUCCUGCUCUUUCGCAUCUAUCUGCUGCUCAUAACCUGCUACGCCCUGGUCAUCAUCUCCAUGUGGUGCGUCUGGAUCAGCCAGACCUGAACUACAGACCAGACCAGAGCUGGGACCAGUUCAGUCCAAGCCGUUUAUGUAACUAGACCUGUCAACGUCUCACAGUCUGUUUAUGUAAAGUUAAUUUAUUGCUUUAAGCCAAAUGGAUUUGGGACAAGGAGUGUAUUUGUCAUCAUAAUCAGAAUAUUUACUAUUCCCAUGUGUCAUUUUCUGCUGUUUAUGAAUACGCAGAGGUGGAAAGAGUAUACUGAAAUGUUUUACUCAAGUAAAAGUACCAC